UGUAGUGUAGCAGCUCUGUUUUUAAUCAGGGCUCCUGCUGUUAAGCAAUCUUUGAGAGAUGUUAUGGGCAGUGAUGAGGUUCUAUCUGCUUUCCAUUGCUUUAGUUUUUUGUGGAUAUACAGAUGGAUUUAAUGUGUGGAAUAGGACAUCUAUUCUUGAUUGGCAAGCUGGACGUUCUAAUGUCGCAUGGAGCCAAAAUUUUCAACUUGCUACACCUGGUCAACUUGAGCUACCUUCCAGAAAAGGUCCAAAUGGAAAUGAUGGCAGUGGAAACUUUGGAAAUGCUGUGCUUACUUCGGAAGUCCCACCUGCUCAACGUGACUCUAGUUUUGUUCAGUCUUCUGGUGGUGGUGCUCAUCAAACAAAUACUAAAUGCUUAUGGUCAAGCUGCUCCUAGCCACCAGCCUAAUGAUUCAUCUCAGUCUUCAGGAUUUUAUUGGAAUGGGUUUAUCAAGCCUGGUAACUGUGGCCCUUUGCCAUCUCAGCAUUGGCCAGCAAAAGAUCUGCCUGGAUUUCAAAGUCCAUCCUCUUCCCAAGUGCUAGGAUUUCAGACCCAGUUAUACCAACCUAGCUCCCCAACACAAUUCUCUGCAGGCCAGUCUGCUUCUGCCUUUCAGGCACAGGGUCCAAGUGCUUCAACACCGUAUCAAUCUUUAAGCUGGCAUGUUUCACAAGACCAAAGCAUUCCCUCCUCCCAGUCUGUAGUCGCAACAAACCCGAUCCAGUCAUACCAGCCCAACAUCCCAACACAGGUUUUGGCAGGCCAGUCUGCUUUGCCGUCUCAGUCUAUGGGUGCUUUAAAUUUGUAUCAAGGUCUAACUUCUGGCAGGUAUCUGGCUUCUCUGGGUCAGGGCAUUCCACUCUCCCCCCAGCCUGUGGCCACCACAAACCAAAUAUCUGGAUUCCAGAACACUUACUGGCCUAACACACCAGUUUCUUCAAGCCAAACUAUCUCUCUUCCUCAGAGCUCAAGUGCUUCACAGCUGUUUCAAGGGCAAACCUCAGGCAUGUCCAGCAUUUCACAGGAACAGAGCAUUCCAUCCUCCUCUCAGUCUAUGAACACCUCAAGCCAGAUAAUUUCAUCACAAACCCAGUCAUCCUUCCAGCCUAGCACCACAACACAGCUUUUGAUGGGCCAGUCUGAUUUGCCAUCUCAGCCUAUAGGUGGUUCGUCUUUGUAUCAAGGUCUAACUUCUGGCAGGUAUCUGGCUUUGCUUGGUCAGAGCAGUCCAUCCUCCCAGUCUGUGGUCCCCACAAGCCAGAUCACUGAAGCUCAGUCCCAAUCUUUCCAGCCUAGUACUACAACACAGGCUUUGACAGGACCGUCUGCUAUUUCUCAGGAUCAAUCCUUGCAGGCAUUGGCUGCCUAUCCACUUCAGGCAUCUGGCUGGUACACAAUUUCACAGGGUCAGAUUCCUUCACAAGUCUCUGGAUUCCAGGCUCAGUCAUACCAGCCGAGCACUGCACCACAGGUGUCACCUGGUCAAUCUGCUUCUCCUGUUCAGUCUAUAGGAGCUUCAACAUUGUAUCAAGCUCUAACUUCUGGCAGGUAUCUUGCUUCAUCAGCUCAGAGCGGUCCAUCCUCCCAGUCUGUGGUCACCACAAGCCAGGUCACUGAUGCUCAGGCGCAAUCUUUCCAACCUAGCACUACAACACAGGCUUUGUCAGGCCAGUCUGCUGCUCAGGAUCAAUCUUUAAAUCUACCCCAGACCUCUGGCUGGUACACCAUUUUACUGGGUAAGAUGAUUCCAUCUUCCCAAGUUUCUGGAGUCCAGACAGGCUUGGUAAUUCCCUCUAGCUCAACACAGGGUUUGCCAGGCCCAUCUGCUUCUACUGCCACAUUACAGCCCUUGGAUGCUUUAACACAGUAUCAAAUGCAGGGCUCCAGCAAUCCACUGUUCUCCCAGUCUGUGGCCACCACAAACCAAAUAUCUGGAUUCCAGAACACUUACUGGCCUAACGCACCAGUUUCUUCCUCUCUUCCUCAGAGCUCAAGUGCUUCACAGCUGUUUCAAGGGCAAACCUCAGGCAUGUCCAGCAUUUCACAGGACCAGAGCAUUCCAUCCUCCUCCCAGUCUAUGGACACCUCAAGCCAGAAAACUUCAUCACAAACCCAGUCAUCCUUCCAGCCUAGCACCACAACACGGCUUUUGACGGGCCAGUCUAUUGCUCAGGAUAAAUUCUUACAAGCUUCAUAUUCACCUCAGACCUCUGGAUGGUACACAAUUUUACAGGGUCAGAUUCCAUCCCCUUCGCAAGUCUCUGGAUUCCAAGCCCAGUCAUCAUACCAGCCAAGCACUACAAUGCAGGUUAUGCCUGGUCAGUCGGUCUCAUCUCAGUCCAUGGGUGCUUCAUCUUUGUAUCAGGCUCUAACUUCCGGCAGGUAUCCGACUUCCCAGAGUCAAAACAUUCUGCCCUCCUCCCAGCCUAUGGUCACAAACCAAAUAUCCGGGUUGCAGAACACUUACUGGCCUAACACACCAAUUUCUUCAAGCCAGUCUAUCUCUCUCCCUCAGAGCUCAAGUGCUUCACAGCUGUUUCAAGGGCAAACCUCAGGCAUGUCCAGCAUUUCACAAGACCAGAGCAUUCCAUCCUUCUCCCAGUCUAUGGACACCUCAAGCCAGAUAAUUUCAUCACAAACCCAGUCAUCAUUCCAGCCUACCACCACAACUCAGGUUUUGACAGAGCAGUCUGCUCUUGCUCCAGCUCAAUCCUUGGGAAAUUCACUUUUGUGUUCAAGUCAGACACCUGGUUGGUACACCACUUUGUUGGGUAAGAUGAUUCCAACUUCUCAAAUGUCUGCUUUUCAGACUGCGUUACAACAGCCUAGCUCCACAAGUCGGCCUGCUGCAUCUCAGGCUCAGUCCAUGGGUGACUCACCACUUUAUCAAGGUCUAACCUCUAACAUCAAUCUGACAUCACAGUACCAGAGCACCCCAUCCUUCUUCCAGUCUGUUGCUGCCCUAAACCAAAUAUCUGGAAUUCAGAACCAGUCCACAUACUGGCCUAACACCAUACAACUUGCUCCAAGCCAGUCUGCUUUUACCCCUCCAUCUCAGAGCUCAGGUGUUACUACAAUGUAUCAAGUACCAGCUGAAGGCUUACCUUCACAGGACCAGAGCAUUACAGCCUCCUUGCAGUCUGUGCCCUCCUCAAGCCAGAUUUCUGGAUUUCAGAACCAGACAUCAUACUGGCCAAGUGCAACAUGGGUUUUGCCAGGAGAUACUCAUAUUGCUCCGAUUCAGUCCUUGGGAAAUCCAGUUUCAUAUCCAAGUCAAACCUCUGCCUGGAACACCUUUUUGCAGAGUAAGAUUCCAUCUUCCCAAGUGUCUGGAUUCCAGGCCCCAUCUUUAUACCAGCCUAGCACAACACAGAUUUUGGCAGGCCAGUCUGACUCUACUGCUCUUUUGCCAUCCUUGGGUCCUGUGCUGUAUCAAGGGCAAGCCUUAAGCAGGUACAAUUCACAGGAUCAAAGCUUUCCAUCAUACUUCCCAUCUGUGGCUACAAACCAGAUAUCUGGAGCUCUGUCCCAGCCGUCAUUCAAGCCCAGUUCCACAACAGUGGUUUCUGCAAGCAAGCCUUCACCUUCUCAAGCUCAGUUCUCAAGUGCUUCAGCAUGGUACCAGGGUCCAACCUUUGGGUCUCUGGCAGCACAGAGCCAGAACAUUCCAACCUCUUCUCAGUCUGUAGUCCCCACAAACCAAUUUUCCAGAUUCCAGAACCUGAUGUUUCAACCCAAUACAGCACAGGCUUGGAGUCAGUCUGGUUCUACCCCUCAAGGUGCCCCACAGAAAAUUGCAGGUAUUACUUUUCAGGGUACUUUACCCCAGUUAAGCAGCUAUGGCAAGAAGUGGCCAGUAACCCAGUGA